UUUUCGUGGUUUUUUGAUUAUAGCGCAAAAAAUAAAAAGCGCACAGGUGAUCAAAUACCACCAAAAGAAAGCUCUAUUUGUGUGAAAAAAAGGACGUAAAUUUUGUUUGGGUACAGCAUUGCAUGACCGCGCAAUUAUCAUUUGAAUUAGUGCAGCGCCAAACAGCAAAAAAAGGCCUGGUCAUUAAGGACGGUAAAUCCUCAGGAGCUCAAGUGGUUAAAACAGUGAUAAAAUCAUACAUGAAAUUCAUCUAUUUAGUUUAAGUUUGUCACAAGAAAAUGAACUGCAUCUGCAGACUAUGAAGGAGAUUCAUCUGUAUUGACAGUGGAAAGAUG